CAAUGGAAUCAUUAUGGAAAAAUGGAUAAAAGGCAUAAUAUCACUAAAUAUAGGGAGAGGCUAGAUAGAACACUAUCAUCUCCCAAGCUAACAGAUGCUGAAUCUCUUAAGAGCCUUGUAAAGAAUCAAAUCCUACAAUCUUCAGGGAAAGAAACCGAAGGAUGUAGUGAUGCGGUAAUAGAAAAGAGGACCGGUGAAGUGUCGAAUUUUCUUGACAUGUUAAGGAGUGUCUCUGAGGUUGGCACUGAGGGAUCAAAAACUCAUGACACAGCAUCUCAUCCAGAAUGGAAAUUAAAGCAGGACAAUGAAGAGUUUCGUGUUAUGUAUCGCGAAGGGCCACAAGGCUCUCCCUUUCAUUCAUUACUUGUAGAAGGCUAUGUAAAUGGACCUUUAGAUGUUUGCUUAUGUAUUUCAUGGGAGUCAGCACUUUACAGGAAAUGGUGGCCUCAAUCGACAAUCCCAACUUUCAAAAUCCUCUCUUGCAAUUGUUUGCAGAAGGUUCGGAUCGGUGAACAGAUAUCUUUAGUAAGAAAGGGUGAAGGUUUCGUGGCCACUAUCAACUAGAGAAGCUAUUGUACACUAUUU